CGCCCGACCUUUACGCUUAUUUACGUUAAGAGUCGAUGGCUGUGCUAGGCUGUGACGCCUCUUGCCUUCUGUGUUUUGCAGGCCGCGGCUUUCCCGAAGAAGCCGAGCUGCGCCUGCGCGCUUCGUGGCGGCGACGACUCCUGCGGCUGCAACAGGCUGCUGGUGCGGCCGCCGCGCCCGCUCAAGAUCCAGCCGCAGGGACCGCGCGUGGUGUGCCACCAGUUUCCCGGAGUCGACCCGCUGCACCCCAUCGGCGACGUCUGCUCCUGCGGGCACAAGUUUGUGACGCCCGCCGACCAGCAGCGACCGUACUGCCCGCGGCGCUGGAGCGCGACGAGCUGGAGCGCGGCGCCGUGUUCCUGCCAGCCGAGGAGCCGUGCGUGCACUACCGCGACGCCGACGCGGCGCCGCCGCCGCCCGUCGACCCGGUCAGCUUGUCGCUGGCCUUCGGGCUGGCGCAGCGCCGCGGCGUCGCCGUGCGCGAGGAGUCGCUCGCCUUCGGGCCGAGGCAGCUGCCGCGCGACGGCCAGGUGCGCCGCACCACGCCCGACGUGCCCGAGGAGGGCCUGCAGGCGUUCGACAAGCAGGUGGUCGAGCUCAGGCUGCCGGCGCCGUACGGGUGCGCGCGCGCCGCGCUGGAGGCCGAGGCGCAGGAGGCGCUGCUGGAGGCGCAGCAGGCUGAGAUCGAGGCGGCCGCUGGCGACGAGGUGACGACGGCGCACGGCAUCCCGCGGCUGCUCACCUACCCGGAGGCCGGCUACCUGCCCGAGCACGGCCGCACGCCCUUCUUCGUGCGCGAGUCCGGCGACAUGGUGAGGGACGAGAUGGCGCGCGAGGGCUACUUCGUGCCCAAGGACGCGAGCACGUUCGCCGCCGAGAUCGCGCUGCCGCGCCGGCCCGGCAGCGUCUUUGGGACCAUUAAACAGAUUUAA